CUACAAGAAAUGCAACCCAAUAGAAUAGCUAUACCAAAAAAACCAUCUUACUGGUGUUUUCAAGCGGAUGAAAUUUUUUAUAACAGUUCACAAGAAGAAGUGUACCGUGUCACAACCGAGGAUCUUGUAUCAAAAAUUUUAGAUGGUGUGAAUUGUAUUUUAAUGGGCUACGGGCAAACAGGUUCUGGGAAGAGCUUUACUAUGAGCGGUCUCCGAAACAACUGGGAAGUACGAUUAUGCGGAAUAUAUUUUCAAUUUUAAGUUUUUAUAUUGCAAAGACAGCGAUUACAUCCUUUUUCUCAGCACAGAGGCCUGGUCCCGCGACUUUUGACCCAAAUGUUUGCUGAAAAGGCGAAAAGAAAAAAAAUCAACAAAAUAGAAUACUGUAUAAGCUUCAUUGAGAUUUAUGGAAAAGAAACGAAAGAUUUGUUACUCUCUACGGAUAAUAACAAAGUCAAGAUAAACGAGCGAGAACCGUUCAAGGUAUUAAAAGAUAUAAGAUAUUAAAAAGAGAAAGAAAAGAUUAAGGAAGGAUAUUCGAUGAGUAUUUCUCAGUCAGAGAAAUUGUAGGAAAUCUCCAUGAUACCUGUGGAUAAUGAAAAUGAAUGUCUGAAAAAAAUCUUUGAAGGAGAAAUUAGGAGAUCGAUUGCAAUAGGAUCGACUUAUCCAGCCUCUCACUUAUCCAUGUCUGUGAUUACUUUUCAUGUAUCUAAUCUUAGUUUAAUAACAUCAUGGGGUAUUGUAACGACAGCCAAAGUAAUUAUUCGUUAUAUUAUUUGUAUCUCUACGAGUUUUUUAAAGCGUGAAAUUGAAGAUAAUAAGAUUAUGAAUUAAUUGGUUUUGUUCCUCUUUAAUUAAAAAUUUAAUUAACAUGUUAGAUACAUAUUGUGGAAACAGCUGGUACAGGAACAGUAGGAAAGAAUAGUUGUUGGAAAACAGCGACAGAUAUUGGUAUGGCGAAUUUAAUGAAAACUCAGUUGGAGCAAUUCUUUUCACAUAUAGAAAGUCCAGCCACUAUUAAUAUAUCACGCUCCAAUAAUUUGUUCAAGAUUUUAGGAAAUGCUUUUUCAGUUUCAUCUAUAAUUCGGUUAUUAAAAGGAAAUUCAUGAUUGUAUAAUAGAAUUUAAAUUAUUAAAUUUACUAUAAUAUGACUCAUAAUGUAAUUGUAAUAGGUUUAUAUCUCAUAUUCGAAUCACGGAAGAAGAUCUUGACAUCACACUAUCGACUUUACGACUCACCGCAAAAAUUGCAAAGUUAAAACCAAUCAGGAUAAAAAAAGAUAUUAAAUAUGAAACGGAUUUGAUUAUAUAUAAACUUCAGAACGAAGUUAAUGCUUUGAAGAAGGAACUGAUGUUGAACAACUUGAUUUUAAAUCAAGAAGCGCUAAUGAAUAUUUCCAAGUCUCGGAUGGAACAAAUUAACCGGAGUAUUUUUAAUUUUUUAAACGACAAGAUUUCGGACUUCACGCUGUUUAGUAUGUCCCAGGCCCAAGUAUUGUUAAAGUGUAUCAAGGAUUUAUAUAACAGGUUGCAUAAUCUGUGUUAUGUAUAGGAUAGUUUUAGAUUCAAUUUCUAAAUAAAUGAAUCGUUAGAUUAACCGCCAAGGAAGUUGAAGUUGAAAAAUUAAAAGAGACGUAUGAAAAUUUAAUCAAAAUCGUGCCGGAAAGUUCAACAGCAACUUUACUCAAGAAAACUCUAUUAUCUACCGAUGAAAUCAAUGACCAGACACAAAUUAAGAGUCCUUUCUUAAAACCUAUUGAUUAUAUGGAAGAAGAUGAAAAAGAAAUAGAAAAAGAAGUUGGAACAUUAAAGAUACUCACGGAAGGUGUAACUAUAGGUCCCUUUAUGAAAGAACCUACUCUUGAUGAAAGUUUAAAACAACCCAAACAUAUAAUGGUGACUAAAAUUAAUAUCGAGAAAAUUGAUAUCCAGAAUGUACAGACGGUUCGACAAUUGUUUCAUUCUUUCUUAAAAGAGAAUGUAGAAUAUGCAAAAAUUAUGGAAAAAUUUGUUAGAAACGAGAAGACUUUUGCUGUAGUUCGACAAAAAUUUAUAGAUACAAUUGAUAGUUAUUUCCAGUCAAAGAGAAGUGUAGAUGAUGCGCGUGAUGAAUUAAACAAAUACCGACAAGUUCGACAAGUUUUAGAAUUAGAAGAUUUAGAAAAAAAAGAUAAUGUAUGUGAAAUUGAAAGAACAAUUGAACAAAAUCUUUUAUGUUAUGAAAAAGUGUCAAUUAAUUUAGAAGAAGAGGUUAAUCAGAUACAAAAUGAAAUUAACAUGUUAUCAAAUCAACGCGUUGAAAUGAAGUUAAAGCUAGAAUGUGGUUUUCGAAAAUAUUGUAAACAAAAGAAUAUUUUAUUGCAUAGUACUGAAAAAUUGAUGAAAAUAUUGUUGGAAUCUGAAGUAGAUAAUCUGAAAAUGAUUCAAUAUAAGUUCAAUAAGUUUCAACGAAUGAUGUUGCGUAAAACAGAAGUAAAUAUUAUUUUAAUUAAAUACGAAUUAGAAAGAACAAAAAAAGUUCGUUUUGAUAAAGGAAUAUGCAAUAGUGCUAAUACAUAG